ACAGAAUACCAAGUCAACAAUGUAUUAAAUAAAGCACAACCAUCAUUGUGGAAUUGGUUGCUAAGUUGGCUGGGACCUCCUUUAUUAGUCACUAUGACUAUUACAUAUUUUAUGACAAAG